AUGUCUACCGAACCCCUCAAUGUCAUCGCCCUAAUCUCAGGCGGCAAGGACUCUCUCUACUCGAUUCUGCACUGCAUCCGCAAUGGUCACCGCGUAGUCGCCCUGGCGAAUCUUCGUCCUCCCUCUAAUGACGAGGGCAGUAGUGCACAAGACGAAGAAGAUAUGGAUAGCUUCAUGUACCAAACAAUCGGGCACAACGUUAUACCACUCUACGAAUCUGCGCUGGGUAUACCCUUGUACCGCGGUGAUAUCACCGGCGCCGCAGUUGAUACGGCGCGGAUAUACCGUGACGACCUCCCUCCUCCUCAAACUGUGGAGGGCUUACAAGAAGAUGAAACAGAAUCCCUAAUCCCGCUACUAAGCCAUAUAAAACGAGACUUGCCGCAUGCAAACGCCGUUUCUGCAGGCGCGAUAUUGUCGACGUAUCAAAGGACGAGGAUUGAGAAUGUCGCGGGACGGUUGGGGCUUGUGCCGUUGGCGUUUUUGUGGAUGUUUCCUUUUCUGCCUCCUUCUACUUCUACCGUCUCGGUGGGAAAAGGGGGGUUGUUGGAUGAUAUGGCUGCUGUGGGAUGUGAUGCGCGAAUCAUCAAGGUUGCGUCGGGGGGKUUGGAUGAUGAUAUGUUAUGGGAGAAUGUUGCAGCUCCCAAGACGCAGAGACGGCUUGAGAAGGUUAUGAGGCCGUAUGUUGAUGAUGCGCAGACGUUGAAAGGGGCGAUUCUGGGUGAAGGGGGAGAGUACGAGACUCUUGCUCUUGAUGGACCGGGUUUUCUGUGGAAGAAGAGGAUUGUUGUGGAAGAGAAUGACAAACAGGUUUGUAGGGUUGAUAGUGGUGUGAGCCAUGUUAGGAUUUUGAAGGCGAGAUGUGUUGAGAAGGAUGAGUCGACAGCAGUGACGCCGGAGGAUGUUAGGAGGCCGGCGCAGUUUGACGAGAGGUUUUGGCAAGCCCUUAAGGGAUUGCAAGAAGGAGAUUUCGUUUCUGUCAGCGAAGAUCUUGGUCUGGUAUCAAGUCCAAGGACAGGUUCGACAAUCAACACAUCGUCAAUAUCCCUCGGAAACCUCCACACCAUCUCAAAUAUCACAGCCCCCGAAGCCGGCCCAACGGCCGAUGCACAAAUGCGCGCAAUUACAGAAAAGCUGCAAUCACUCUUACAAAACACCACCACCCAAUCUACCAUAUCAACAAACGACAUCGUCUUCACCACAGUCCUGCUCCGAUCAAUGGCAGACUUCACCCCAAUGAACGCAAUAUACGUCUCACUCUUCACAAAACCCAACCCCCCCGCAAGAGUCACAGUGGCUUGUGGCGAUCGUCUACCUGAUGGCGUCCAGGUAAUGAUUUCAGCCGUCAUUGAUCUUGGCCCACGCCAGAAGAGGGAAGGCCUUCACGUCCAGUCACGCUCUUAUUGGGCGCCGGCAAAUAUCGGGCCUUAUUCGCAGGCUAUUACGGUGCCAUACAACCCCAAAGAAGAAGGAACAGGCAGUCUGAAAGGAGGUCUGGUGUAUAUCGCUGGGCAGAUCCCAUUAGAUCCACCAUCGAUGGAGAUACCCGGUGGAAUUGACCAGACGGACGAAAAAUGGUUCCAGAAUUUCAGCCUUCAUGCGACGCUGUCGUUGCAGCAUCUGUGGAGAAUUGGGCUUGCGACAAAGGUUGAUUGGUGGGUUGGUGCGGUUGUGUUUCUGUCCAGAGACCACCGUCAGCGAGGGCGUCAAAAGGCGCGUAUAGCGAGUCGGUUAUGGCAAGCUAUACAUUCACGGGAUACGGCUGAAGCAGAAGAGGAAGCAGAUUUAGAUAUUUGGGAUAUAAAGCAUGGGCUCACGGAAGAUCCGAGAAUGGCGCAGGGAAGACCGUCAUUGCCGAAUUGGGAAGUGUUGGUUGACGGCGAUGAAAGUGCUGGUCAUCCGCCGUGCUUCACGGUUGAGGUCGAGCAACUCCCGCGAAAUAGUGAUAUUGAGUGGCAGGCACUCGGUACUACGGGUAUACCGAUUAAACCUCCAGUCAAGGUUCCCUGCACCACCGACCUUGAAUCGAGGAUAUGGUGCACAAAGCUCGAAGAACGGAAUGGGUCGUUUUAUACCAUUGAGAUUGCAGAGGCCCAGAACACAAAUCUGUGGGACAGGAUAGAUGCAAUUUUGUCCGAGAUCGGUGUACCAGCUGAGCAUUCCACCCACUGCACCCUUUAUACAUCCUAUGGACAGUCGGUGAGCCAUUGGAAAGGACAAGUUGUACCUUGUUAUAACGUUUACGGAGGUGAUGGUUCUAGUAUUGCUGCUGCUAUCACUGUGCAACUGAAAGCUUAG